UUACAUAAGAAGCUAAUUUUUUCGGUGGUAUCACAGCGUAGAAAAAGUCUGAUAUUACUACUAAUUACCAAAAUGAUACCAUUGACAAAUAAAGACAUAAAAACAAAAAUACAUGAGGGGUGUUGCCGUUUGUGUACUUGGCGUAAUGUUGCUAUAUUUGUCGCACUGCAUGGCGUUAUUUCAACUCUGUUGUUACCAUUAACGUUACGAGGUUCUAUUGGUGGUCAAUAUGGUAUGUUGAUAUCGAUCGGGAGGUCAAGACCGAAUAACGAAUUACUAUCUGUGACAGAUGUGCCUUUCGCUCAUGAGAUGUUUCUGAUAAGUCUGCUCUUUCUAGCACAUUUGAUAGGUUUUGUCAGUGUGAUUAAGAAAUCGAUGAUAGGCAUGGUAUUUUAUAUGCUAGUCCAUUUACCGGAGUUUACCUUUUCUUUUUUUUGGAUGAGAAGUGUAGGUGAAGGAACUAUCAAGUCUCAUGUUAUGUCACAAUAUUCAUUGGCUUGGUAUUGCGCCGUUUCUUGUGUUACCCAAUAUCUCUCUCUCUCGGCAAUAGCAGGUUAUGCAUUUUUUAUUGUUCCAAAGAAGAUCAACUGAGUGUGGAAUUACUAGGAUCAUGUUCAUUCAGCGAUCAUCUCUUACAACACA